CAAAUAAUUUACAGGAGGAGUCGGUGGAGCAAUGAUGGGAGCUGACAAAUUUUUGCCCUUUUUCGCCGAAAAAAGUUGAAAAUCGAAGCCCUAAUUUUAGAGAAAUCUUCAUAGUGACGAAGUUUAUCGAUCAUCAUAUAUAAUCGCUGCCAGAAUUCUUUCUUAAAAUGAAAUCAUCAGGUAAGCAUUGCUUGUGAACAUAAGGUGGUAGAUGAACCAGUAGCAAUAUUGUCCUUGAGAUUUAUGGUUGAAUGGCUGUUACCUCAGAAGAACUUAAUCAAGAGAACCCAACCGAUAGAUUUCCUUUGCUCAUGGAGCAAGCAGAAAGUCGUGAGAGGAAUGAACAUGUUAUUGAUGUAGAACAAGGAAGUGGUCCCUCAUCAUCAGGUUCAUCUGAUAAUGAUUCUCCUCGUGACUUGGAAAUGCCCAACCAUGAAAAUAGACCAUCAAAUCGACAUUCCUCACCUUCUUCGUCCAAUGAAAUAGACCCUCAAAGCCCUUCUACCGCUAGGAGAGCUGAAGGUUUUGAUCGUCGUUGGAGCCCAUUUAAUACCCUGUUGUGGCUUUCCAUUGAGCUAAUAUUCACCUUAGGACAGAUUGUUGCAGCCAUUGUUGUUUUAUCCUUGUCAAAAGAGGAAAACCCAGAAACCCCAUUAUUUGCUUGGAUUGUGGGUUAUGCAACUGGAUGUGCAGCAAGCCUUCCUUUACUGUACUGGCGUUAUCUUCUCCGUUACCAAGCCAUCGGUCAGAGAUCAGCUCAACUGCGUCAAGAUUCCCCCCAAGACAAUUCCACAGCAGAGCCAAAUUCUUAUAUUACUAUCUCAUUAACUCGGUCCUCGGAUGAGGAAGAUGGUAGGAACACACCUACAGACAUUUGGACCAGGCAAAGCAAUGCAAGACUUGGUUCAGUGGUAGAUCAUUUCAAGAUGGCCUUAGAUUGCUUCUUUGCGGUGUGGUUUGUCGUUGGCAAUGUUUGGAUCUUUGGGGGGCACUCGUCUUCUUCCGAGGCUCCCAAUUUGUACAGAUUAUGUAUAGCUUUUCUUACCAUUAGUUGCAUUGGAUAUGCUAUGCCUUUCAUCUUGUGUGCAAUGAUAUGCUGCUGCCUGCCUUGUAUUAUUUCAAUCCUUGGUGUCCGUGAGACUAUGCAUGGAGUGAGAGGAGCCACAGAAGAGUCCAUCAACGCUCUUCCCACACUCAAGUACAGGGUCAAGACAGAUGGAUCUGGGAGCAAUGAAAGUAAAAAUCUAGGAGAGGAGGAAGGUGGUUGUGUAGCCGCAGGCACAGAGAAGGAACGUGCCAUAUCAGGUGAAGAUGCGGUAUGUUGUAUUUGCUUAGCAAAAUAUGAGGACAAUGACGAAUUGAGGGAACUGCCUUGCUCGCAUUUCUUCCAUACCCAGUGUGUAGACAAAUGGCUGAAGAUUAAUGCGUCCUGCCCCCUCUGCAAAUCUGAAAUUGACAUCAAGAACAAAGAUGUACCUUCUGUAGAAGAGGAACCCCUUCAACAAUCCUAAGGUGAUGCGGAAACCAACUUCUUAUGGUCGAAGCAGAUAUCAUUGCAGCUUGCUUGUUGCAUGGGGUGCCAGGAGAGUUUAUCCCAACUGACUGUUACUUCUUCUGCUGCUGCUGCUGUUCUUUUCCACAUGAAUUUCAGUUUGUAUAGAUGUAGUUCAUAUCAUGAAUCCAUAACAGGCUUGAAAGAAAAGGUAAUUCCCAUUGUUGAUAUCAAGGUUGAAAGAUGUUUACCAUAUUGUCUGGUUGAACCCAUUACCUCCCAGAAACUCAGCAAUUCAUUACCCUUCUUGGAUAUAUUCUUACACCUCUUUCAUGCCUCACCAGCUAUGUUACUCGGAACUUUCAAAAAUGUUGUUGCACUCGUGUUGGAUCUCCAAAAAAUGCAUAGCUUUUUGAGUAUCUGAACUGGGCAAUAUUUUUUGAAGUGUCCAACGUCUAAGCAACAGCACAGCCAAUUACGUCUCUCCCUCUCUCUGUAUAAAUAGAUUUAGGGUUAAGGUUGCGUACACACCACCCUCCCUGGACUCCCUUUUUGGGAUUAAACAGAGUACAUUGCUAUUUGGAAUUUUAGACGCUAUUUUGUUACAAGUUUUUUUCUUUUGAGUUGAUUUCUUAUGUUAUAUUUUAUCUUUGUAAUAGCUUUUUUCUUCUUAUAACACCAAACAACUGUCAUUAUUGCAGUA